CCGAUUUGGGGAAUCUGGGGUGGUGGAUAACCAACUGGAUUUAUAGGCGGUCGUCGUCUGGCUCGUCUCACUCCAUCAGAGCUUCACGGUAGACACUUCACUUCAAAACAAGAGAGAGAAAGAAGAGAGAGAGAGAGGAUUCAUCAGCCAUGAAAUUGGCUUGCACAGUGCACACAAAUUCAAUCCAAGUUCCCUUCAAUUUCGAUUUCAAUUUGCUGAAAUCUGCCCCAGCUACCUGCAACCCGGGCCGAUUCACUCUUCACCGUGCUUACCCCGUUUCAUCAGUUUCGGGCGGGUGUGGUUGUGGUCGGAAGUACUUGCAUUCAACAUCAGCCGGUAGGGCCGAAAGAAGAAACCCUAUUGUGCAUAAUUAUUCAACAAUUACUCACGCAAGGAGGACUGAAAGCGAGCAGGACGCGUCUACUUCACAAAACGAUAGCGCCGAAGAAGCAUCUAGGUUUCAGUCACUCGAUGGCGUUGAUGACAAUGCGAACUCACUUGAUGAUGAUGAUACCUCUGGUGCUAUUUCAGGAGAGGGGACUUUGAGGACUGCAGAUUAUGCCUCUUCCCUCAGAAUUGUUGGCUUGUGUGUAUUCUCGGCUGUGGCAUUUGGUGUUGGUUUGGGUUUCAAAGAUGGAGUUGGGAAGGCGUCGGAGUUUUUCGCCGGGUAUUUACUGGAGCAGAGUUUAUCGGUGGACAAUCUGUUUGUAUUUGUCCUAAUAUUCAAGUAUUUCAAAGUGCCAUUCAGCUAUCAGAAUCGGGUGCUUUCUUAUGGUAUUGCUGGUGCAGUAGUCUUUCGAUUGUCGUUGAUACUUCUUGGAACAGCAACACUUCAGAGAUUUGAAGCGGUUAACCUCUUUCUGGCAUCGAUACUGCUCUACUCAUCGUUCAAGUUAUUUGCUGAAGAAGAUGAAGAUACCGAUUUCUCAGAUAAUUUCAUUGUAAAGACAUGCCAGAAGUUCAUCCCUGUGACUUCAAAUUAUGAUGGCGAUCGAUUUAUAACUAUUCAAGAUGGCGUAUGGAAAGCUACACCUUUGCUUUUGACAGUAGCAGUAAUUGAACUCAGCGACAUUGCAUUUGCUGUGGAUUCCAUACCAGCAGUAUUUGGUGUCACACGGGAUCCUUUCAUAGUUAUUUCAUCAAAUCUAUUUGCCAUUUUAGGUUUAAGGUCGUAUUACACACUGAUUUCCGAAAGCAUGGCUGAUUUGGAGUAUUUGCAGCCAGCGAUCGGUGUUGUUCUGGGAUUUGUUGGGUGUAAGAUGAUACUAGAUUUCUUUGGUUUUCAUGUAUCUACUGAGGUAUCACUGGGGUUUGUGGCAACUUCUCUGAUAAGUGGGGUGCUGCUGAGUUUAAUGAAGAAGUCGGAUUAAGAAGAUGCGACUCUCUACACUUUUCUACUUCCUUUUGUUUUACAAGACAUUAUUUUGGAGACAAAAAAAGAUCUCCUUGAUAUUUAAUUUAGUUGUAAAAAAAAUAAUAUACUUUUAUAUCCAUUAAAUUUUUAUUUU